GGAGGAAGUUCACAUCCAAGAAACCGUCACCGUUCGCCCCUCAUCUCCGCCGAUUUUCGACCACCACGUCGUCUUCCCUCUUUCCCACCUCGACACCGAUCGGAAUCUCAACGUCGUCUUCCGCUACCUCCGGGUAUACGUUGCCCACCACACCUCAAAACCAGCAGCCGCCGCCGACCCGUUCGAGGUUGUCACUUCGUCCCUCUCAUCCGCGCUCGUCCGCUGGUUCCACUUCGCCGGGACACUGCGCCGCCGGGACGGCGAUAACCGUCUCGAGUUGCGUUGCCCGGUCGGCGGCGGCGUCAGGGUGCUGCGGGCUACAGCGGAUUGCACGCUCGGCUCCGUUAACUAUCUGGACGACCCGGAUGAGAAGUUCGUGGAGAGAUUGGUACCCGACCCGAGUGUAGAAGUGGCGAUGGCCUACCCGUUGACCCUGCAGGUUACCCGGUUCGGGUGCGGCGGGUGGGUGAUGGGGACGGCCGUGCACCACGCGAUGUGCGAUGGGAUGGGGGCCACGCUCUUCUUCAACGCGAUGGCGGAGGUGGCUCGAGGAGAGGCGGCAUUCUCGGUCGAACCGGUUUGGGACAGGGCGGCUUUGCUCGGGCCAAGAAAGCCGCCCCGGGUUGAGUUUCCAGUGCACCAGUUCUUGAGCUUGGAUAGAGAUUCGGUGCCGUAUGCCCGCUCCGGCGGCGGCGUGGCUCGAGAGUUCUUUGAGAUGAAGGAGGAGCGGCUCAAAGCCGCUUUGCUUCACACAUCACCCGCCGGCUCAACCUAUACCACGUUUGAAGCUUUAGGUGCUUUCAUAUGGCGAGCAAGCUAAGUCAUUGAGAAGAAUUAUGAGUAACAAUCCCCGGUGAUCUCAUCCGACAGCCGCUGUGGAAGACGGCGGAGUUGAUCAACCGUAGCAAGUUCAACAUCACAGACGACUAUGUCCGCUCCUUCAUCGACUUCCAGGAGCUUCAUUUCCAUGAAGGGAUCACUCCCGGGAACCGGGUGAGCGGCUUCACCGACUGGCGCCACAUCGGCCACGCCACUGUCGACUUUGGCUGGGGCGGCCCCGUCACCAUCUUCCCUCUCACUAGGCACUUGCUCGGUGGGGUGGCGCCUUGCUACUUCUUGCCCUACUCCGCCGCUGCCGGAGCUAAGCAGGGUGGGUUUAAGGUGUUGGUGUACGUGCAGGAAGAUGCCAUGCCUGCGUUCAAGGAAGACAUGGAGAAACUCAACGGCAGCGGCGAGCUUUUGCUUUAAUUUCUCGAAGUUCUGAUUUGUUUCCCCCCCCUCCUAUUUCGGAGUUAUUAAUUUACAUCACAUAUACCUGCCCGCCCUUUUGUAACGUUCCACGCACCAAUUGGCAAUUAUGGAUGGUUCCCCAAGCAAGACGAGCCAGAUAGAUACAUCACAAAACGCACAUUGGAUUGGAGGACCCAUCAAUCCCAAUUGUGAAACUCGAUUGACUUUGGUGUGUUCGGUCGAUUGUUGGUUCAUUGUGUUAGUUAAUUACUCCGUAGUUGAUAGAAUUAAUGGUUUGUAAAUAGAAACGAGUCAUAUAUCUGUUCAACAAGGAUCAAAUUAUUGAACGAAGAAUAAGAUCUAGCCGGCCCAAAGCGGC